UUGUUGACUUUGUUUACUUGUUGAGGUUUUGUUCAGAGAAACCAGAAGCCCAGUUUCUUGUUGUUGUCUUCAAAUCGAUGGGAGAAACCAGAAAGGACUCUCCUUUCCAUCACCACCCUACGUCACCAUUACAAUGGACUCCGAAUUUUCAAUUUGAGUAAUUUGAUUCUGAAAUGAGAGGAAUUGGUGGGUUUGUUUGUGCCUUGGACUCUGUUUCUGGAGUUGGGACUGUGAAAAUGUGAAGGUGAAAUGCUUGUUAUAACCUUUGAAUUUUGUGAAACUUCACACCUGAAAAGAGUGCAUACCCAUUUAAUGUUCUCCCAGCAAGUAUUCCCAUCCACAUGGCUAUGUCGAAUGUGGACUCAACCAACUCACCAGUAGUUUCUCCAUUUGCAGGUCCAUACCCCCCCAGGAUGCUCCUCAAUCGAUUAUUUAUGAAAUGACUUUAGUGUGUUAUCCAUAUUUCCAUACAACUCAACAUUUAUUGGGUUGGUACAUUUGACAUCCACUAAUUGAUAGAUCCAUUAUAUUCCAUUGAAUCAUUGAGCUUGAGCUUGUGGUUUCGGUGAAUCGCCUUCACUCUCCGGAGGGAAUUGCAUAGUCAAGAGGAACUAAGUGCUGGUGAUCAGAGUGUGGGGACAGUUAUUGGGUUUAUGGGCCUAUGGCAUCUUGACCUAAAAACAUUGAUUAAGUGAAGAAGGACUAGGGACCUCUACUACCCCAUUAAGGAUCAUAGCAUUUGACAUUGCAUUUAGCCUUGUAUUCUUUUUUGAGAAACUAUAUGUUAAUCACUUAGAGCUUAUGGUAACAUUAAGCAACUUAAUUUGGACCAAAAAAAAGUUUGUUUCUCCAUUUUUUAUGUGUUUCUGUUUUGUAGUGUACGUAGUUGUUGUUUCUGAGAUAAUAAGGAAUCAUGCUUGAUGGAUUAUGAAGUUUAAUAAACCUAGGGGAAGGAUAUGCUACUAGUUAUAUGAUAGACAGAGAAUGCUACACAACUGCUCUUUUGGUAUCAGUGUGAUAAAGUCCAAAUACUUUUCUGACUUUAUCACACUGUUUAGAAAUUAGUUGGAGCAAUAAUACCCAUGAUAGGUGAUAUCCAGCUACGACAUUGCAUUUUAUAAGGUUGGAAAAGUAUCCUAUUGUUUGGGAGACGACAUUUUUGAUUUUCAGAAGUGCGAGUCUUCCAUACCAAGUCAAUCUCUUGUAGUCUUUCUUGCUUGCAUUUUUUAUUUGAUUAUUACAGUUGAUCCUACUAUGAGAACAAUAAGUUCAGAUUUGAGUCAUUUAACAGCACCUUCUUUUUUAUCAUUUCUAUUCACACACCUUUUGGCUGUCCAUGUCCUCUUCUCUGUAUUUUUUCUUUGCCACUAUUAAUUAAUUUGCUUCUUGUCUUUCUUUGUGGUACCUGUUUUCUUUGGUUUGAAAUUAUUGGUAGUUUGGUCCGUUAAGUUAUGAAUAAUAUCCUGCGAGUCUUAUUUGUGAGUCUGUUAUAUCCUAAAGAAAAAAGAAAGGUUGAUCGUCGACAUACAUAAUAUCUUAAGACAGGUCAGCAUGAAAAUUCUGAAAAUAAAUGAAAAAUGAUCGAUUUAAAUACUUACAAGUUACAAUAUGAGCAUAUUGGUACCCUCGUUUGUUUAAAGGUCAUACCCCAUAAUCAGGUCAGUUGACCCCAAUAACUCUUUCUUCUAUCCCAUUAUUUUUGAGUGAAGAUGCAACUUUAACCAUAAUGUUUCUCGAGUUUUUCUUCAAGAGAAGGGGGCAAGAUGUUUGAUGCAAUCCCUCAGAGGGUGUUCCAUUGUCUCUUCAAUUUUCAUCAAGGGUGGAGGUGCAAUGUCCUUGAAGUUUGAGAGGCAUUUCAAAAGUCCACGACAGGCAAGAAGAUGCCUGUAGAGACGUCACUACUGAUAGUGACGUAUCCAUAGUGACAAACUCUUGGAGGUUCGUUUUUGUCAAAGUAAAUAAAUGUCAGGACAAGUCAAGAGCUCUGCUAGGAACUCCCUUUACGCAUCUACUUCUGUAAAUUGCUACCUGGGUGAUACAUCUGUAUUCCAAGUUCUAAUUGCUCAACCAUAUUGGUGCAGCAAAUGGAAGUGGCUUUUACUGUACGACUGCUUUUGCUGCUUAUUUCUUCAUUGUUUCUGGCCUCAAUUUCUGUGUUUGACCAGACUGAUGAUAAAAUAGCAGUGGGUGAUUCUCUCUCUGCAACUGCAGGUAACAACUCCUCAUGGCUUUCCCCUUCUGGUGAUUUUGCCUUUGGAUUUCGCCAACUUGAAAACAGUGAAUUUUUCUUGCUUUCUAUUUGGUUUGCCAAGAUACCAGACAGAACCAUAGUUUGGUAUGCAAAUGGAGAUAGGCCUGCACCUAAGGGAUCAAUUGUGAACUUGACUUCCAGCAGUGGAUUAGUGCUUACAACUCCUCAGGGUGAACAGCUAUGGAGAUCUGAUCUAACCAUUGCUGGUGUUGUUGCUCAUGGGUUUAUGAAUGAUAAGGGUAACUUUGUUCUGGAAGAUGAGAAGUCAGAAAAGUUAUGGGAGACAUUCAAGAAUCCUACUGAUACCAUGUUGCCUGGGCAAAUAAUAGAAAGAGGAGGUAGACUUUCUUCUCGACAAUCAGAGACUAACUAUGCAAGAGGACGCUUCCAGAUAGAUUUUCAAGAAGAUGGGAAUCUUGUGUUUAGUGCCAAAAAACCUUUUUAUUCUACUGCAACUACCAUGGGGACUGUUCCAGGUAGUGAAGGUAAACAAUUGGUUUUCAAUGACUCCGGCAACUUCUAUAUUCUGCGAGUGAAUGGUGGAAGAUUCACUUUCACAGCAGAGGAACGCCUAGCAAGGGACUACUAUCUCAGGUCAACUCUCAACUUUGAUGGGGUUUUGGCUCAAUAUUUUAUCCCCAAGUCUUUUGUUGACACUGUAAGCUGGAAACCUCUUUGGUCAGAACCAGAUAACAUUUGCCAGAAAGUUGAUUCAGGUUCUGGUGUAUGUGGGUACAACAGCAUCUGUACUCUGAAAACAGAUCAGAGGCCAACCUGUAAAUGCCCAAGGGGAUACUCUUUGCUUGAUCCAAAUGAUCCAUACGGGAGCUGCAAUCCAAAUUUCAGACGUGGCUGUGAAGAUGAGCCUAGUUUUUCAAAAGAUCUCUUUGAUGUUCAGGUGCUACCAAAUACUGACUGGCUUACCCCCGGUUAUGAGCUGUUAAAUGCUUCUACUGCAGACGAAUGCAGUCAAUAUUGCAAGCAAGAUUGUUUGUGUGAUGUUGCUAUCUACCACAAUGAAACCUGUUGGAAAAAGAAAUUACCUCUCUCAUAUGGGAGAGAAGACAGUAGUCUGAAUGCAAAGACCUUCAUCAAAUUCAGGAAGGAUAAUUCAACUCUACCGGUUGCACCUUGUCGACCCACAUACAAUGGUGCAGCCUGAAACCUGUUUGGUUUUUGUUGCAGGCAAAGAUUGACAGACAGUGUUAGCAUUUUGUGUUUCUUAUUGUGUUGUUUUUUUUUUUCUGUAAUUUUGUUCUGUGAUCACUUGGAUUUUGUUUGCCUUUGAUCAUAAGAGAUCGUUAUGAUUUCGUUAGAAAUAAUGAGGUGUGAUUAGAAAACAUAAAACUGUUGACCUCAUCAAUCCUUUAUGAGUGAAAAAAUAAUAAGUUCCUUUUCUUCUUGUCCCCAAGCGGACAAGAUA